GUGGGGGAAGUCCCUCUGCGGCAUCCCCAAACAGACACAAAGAAAAAGAGGUGACUAAAAAAACAAUCAUUGCAUUGUGUAAUCGGGUGAAAUAGUUGCGGAACCGUAUGAAGCUUGUUUUUGUUUCCAUCCCCGUCAAACAUGCUCUCUGCUUUUGGUACGCUCCUCGCUUGCCUUUCACUCAGAACAAAGCAAUGCGCGAAAGAGAGGAAGAGAAGGGAAGAAAUGUCUCACUGACCGUCGUCUGGACGACCGGUGGCGAAGACUAGCGAGCAGUGAGAGACGCGAGUGCCAAAAAAAAAAAAAACAAAACUAUAAAGAAAAUCAUGAUUUUUAUUGGUCAACUUUUAAUGUUAGCUUAUGACUGGAAGCGUCCAGAGCAAGAGGGGAUAAUACCGCAAAGCGCACAUAGAGUGUAGACCCAAGAAGGCCUGAGUGGACCCCCACCUGAGACCCUAAUUUCUCUCACCAGCCUCAGACGCCAAAUAUGGACGUGGAGGACGAGCUGCUGUUGUUUCACGCGUGCUCAGAAGGAAGUGACGAAGAGCAGGAGGAGGAAGAGGAAGUAGUAGGGAUUGGAGGCUCAAGGCACGGUGUGGUGUGUGGCCCAUGGAGGGUCGUGGCCUGGGUCUACACACGGCCCUGGGCCAGUGGGGUGGUCCUAGGGGGCUUUUUCCUCCUGCCUUGCGCCUUGUUUGCCUUUAUGCUCCUCUAUUGCCCACCUUUAGACAUUGACCUCUCCUACAGUGCCUUUGAGGUUCACAGCCACUUCUCCGCCGAGCGUUUUGACGCCCUGGCCAUAGCGGUGAAGACCCACCUCGGUUCCUGGGACAGAUGGAGAAGAGACUCUGAAAGUGGCGAGGCCCUGCGAGAACUACUGUUAAAGAAGCUAGUCGCCAACGAGACGCACAAUGAAGCCUCCGGCACUGCACCAGGCUUGAAUUCAACCUCCAGAGGAGAUCGAGCGGCAUCCUUCCGAAGACGUCGCUUGGCUCCAGACAACUACCUCCAGAGUCAGGCCCUGUGGAGGAUCGAGCUGGUGUUUGUCGCUCAAGGAGACGGCGACUGCAACAUCUUCACCCCCGAGCGCCUGCGCACCGUCCAUGACGUGGAGCGUCUCCUCAUGAAGCACCCGCAAUUCCAUCAGUUCUGCUGGAAGCCAUUGGAGUUGCUGAGGGACCUCCCUCUUGGGCCGUCGUACUGCUCCCCGCCCAGCUCGCUCCUGUCGUACCUCUACCCCAGCGAGCGAGGAGGGAAGAUCUACUAUGACGGCAUGGGUCCAGAUCUCGCUGACAUACAAGGUUCAUUAGGUCUGGCCAUCACCCACCCGCAGUUCUACUGGUACGUGGAUGAGAGCCUCUCCCCUGAACAUCUCUCCUCCUCCCUCCUGCGAAGCGAAAUCCAUUUUGGCGCGCCUCUCCCGUCCUACUUCUCCGUGCAGGACCGAGCCGACGAGCAGAGAAGCCACUUCAAGAACUUUGUGGUGCAGUAUGCAGAAAUCCUGGCCAAGCAGUCCACCAGCCAGGUGAAGGUUCUUUACGGGGGAACGGAGUUGUUUGACCAUGAAGUGAGAAACACCUUCAGGAAUGACAUGAUGCUGGCAGUCAUCAGCGGAACCUGCAUUACUUUGCUGGUCUACGUCCUGACUUCCUUCUCUGCAUUUCUGACAUUCUUCGGGCUGGCCAGCAUUGGGCUGAGUUGCCUGAUGGCCCUUUUCUUGUACCACGUAGUGUUCGGCGUGAGAUACCUUGGCAUUCUCAAUGGCGUGGCGGCCUUCGUCAUUAUCGGAAUCGGGGUGGAUGAUGUGUUUGUGUUCAUCAGCACCUUCAGACAGGCGAGUCAUCUUCGUCAACCGCAGCAGCGUAUGGUCCACACCGUCAAGACAGCCAGCCGAGCCACUUUCCUAACCUCCUUCACCACGGCGGCCGCCUACGCUGCCAACGCCUUCUCCGAGAUCCCAGCGGUUCACGACUUCGGCCUAUUCAUGGCCCUCAUCGUCAGCUGCUGCUGGCUUUGGGUUUCCGCGGUGAUGCCGGCCGCCUUGUGUAUCUGGACGCAGCACGUGGAGCCUCACGAACCCGCCGGGUUUCACUGCUGCGAGUCGUUUCGGGGCCUGUCAUCAAGCCACGGCCCGCUGUCGGAUGAGGACGACGUGGCCCUGCUAUCGGUGGAGAUGGAGCCAGAUCCCCUCGAGGCAGACGGGGACGCGGGUGUUCUGUCCCUGACAUUGGAGACACCAGUGAACCCGGCGGGGCAUCAGCACCAAGGCGUGGUCAGCGCGAAGAUUCAGUGGGCCCUCAAGCAUUUCGUGGUCCAACCAGUUGUAGACAGGAGGAAAACUAUUCUAGGUGUCUUCCUUGUGGUUUUGCUGGCAUCUGCCAGUUGUUGCUGUCUGCUGAGGCCAGCCUCCCACGCCCCGCUCCUCUUCCGCCAGGAUACAAAUCUCCAGACUCUGCUGGCUCUCAGGAGCAACCUCAGCGGUCAAGGGAUCUCCUGCCCCAUGUGCUCAGGUGUGUUCACGGAGAAGCCGCACUCUUUGUACAAUCAUGGCCCCCCGUCGACAUUCAGGGUGUCAGCACAUCAGCAAGCUCGCGGCACAGCUGUCACUUCUGCUGCACCUCCAAACGCGGCAGCACAAAACACAAGCAGCAACCAAACGGGCUUUUUGCUCACGGUGUUUAUAUCGAAGUUGGUGCUGAGAACUUCGACCAGCGUUUACCGCUUCUCCCUCAACGCCAGUACUCCUUCCCCGUGGACGCUGUCCAGCGCCGAGCGUGAGCAGGUGUCCUCGUUUCAGGCCUUUAACCGUCCCUGGCGCAACUACACCAGAAGAAUGACGGCGUGCGUUUCCCACGACUACUACCCGUACCCCAGCUGGAUGAUCACGUCCGGAUCGUGCGACCGUCGCCACAGCUGGCUGCCCGACUUUUCCUUUUAUGUGGCGGCGUCUGCACAGCAGCACAGCAGGAAGCUCCACUAUGCCCAGCACAAAUUGAGGCCACAUCCCACUCGAGUGUGUGUGAGCCCGCCGGGCUGCGGCAUCAGCAACAUGCCCGAUGGACCCGCACGGGGAACCUUUUACGCUCCUCUUCCCAGAGAUUCCACCUGUGAUGCCCCAACGAAGGCAUCAAAGAUGUUCGGCUUCAACCCGUGCGCGGGCGGCGCCUGCGGGCGCCCCGCCGUGCGCCCCCUGGUCGACACGGGUGCCAUGGUCUUUGUGGUCUUUGGGAUCUUGGGAGUUAAUCGGACGGAGCGCAGAGACAAUCACGUUAUCGGAGACACUGGUAGCGUCAUAUUGGAUCCAGACUUUGACAUUUUCAAGGAAAUGGAGCAUCUUUGCAAGAUUUGCAAAGCUGUUGGCGCAAAUAAACAACUGGUGAAGCCCGGCGGAGCGCAGUGCCUGCCUUCAGGUAAUAAGCUGUCAUCCGUUCUGCCUCUGCUGCACCCGGAAUGUCACGAUCUCCCGGAACCCAACCUGCUCCCGGGCCAACUCUCGCACGGAGCGGCGGGAACGCGUGCGGGGAAGGUCCGGUGGCUCGCUAUGGCCUUUGAGUCCACCACGUACAAGGGCAAAUCCUCCUUCCAGACCUACUCCGACUUCCUCCGAUGGGAGACGUUCAUCCAGGAGCGACUCUCGGCUCUCCCGCGGUCGUCGGCCUUAAGACGAGGCUUCCAGACCUGCGAGCACUGGAAACAGAUCUUCAUGGAGAUCAUAGGAGUAGAGAGCGCCCUCUGGAGUCUGCUGCUGUCCCUGGCGAUCUGCGUGGCGGCUGUCUCCAUUUUUACCGCUCAUGUUUUUCUCCUGCUUCCCGUGCUCGUCACCAUCCUCGGGGUGAUCUGUGUAGUGGGGGCAGUCAUGUACUGGUUGGGCUGGGAGCUGGGAGCGGUGGAGGCCAUUUCUCUGUCCAUCCUGGUGGGAUCUUCAGUGGAUUACUGCCUGCACCUAGUGGAAGGAUACGUGCUGGCCGGGGCGACAGGGCGCUCUCCUGCGCAACUCUGCUCCGAGGAGGCCGCGGCUGCGAGACAGAGACGCAGCGUGGAGGCGGUGGACCGUGUGGGCGUUGCCAUAGUGUCCAGCGCCGUUACCACGGUGAUCUCCACGCUCCCCCUCUUCUUCUGCGUCAUCGUGCCUUUCGCCAAGUUUGGCCAGAUCGUGGCCAUUAACACCAGCGUCUCCAUUUUGUUCACCCUGACAGCGACCGUGGCCGCGUUGGCCAGCACGGCGCCCGCCGACUUCAAACGGACCCCCGGCGGCGCGAUGAAGGCGGCCGCGGCCGUGCUCACGCUGGCGGCUGCGGGGGGGGUCGUGUGGUGGGCGGGAGGCCGCGCGGGGUGGGCGGCGGCUUGGCUUUCCCUCGGUUCAUAGUCGUGAUGGCGUCGUCGUUCUCAAAGUGACAAGACUGCCCAAGUGCAGUUCAGUUGUUUUUCACUUUUUUUUCAUAUUUCUAGUUGACCUUUAAAUUGUUUCAUUUACAUCUACUUUUUUUAAAAUUUAACUUAUGGGUAAUACCUUUUUAAAUGACUCAAUGGAACUGCUCAAUGUUACAGUGGUCCACAAUAAUGUUAAAUAUACCUUUUAGGGGAGGGGGAUCCCUCUGCCUUGUUUUUUGGGUGAACACUUGGUCCUACACCACUACUGUAUUGUAUGAUGGUGGCAUUUGGUGGGCUAAAUAUUUAAACUCUGGAGAGAGAAAAAAAAAGUGAAGUCUUUGAAAAGCACUGCCAUGAAGGACUCUUCCUGUUUGGGACUCUCCUGUUUGCUUUCACACUGAGGAAGAUGUCAUGUUCAAGUACAGGUGCAAAAAAAACCAAAAAAACAAAUGUCUCACUUGUGCCACAAUACAGUACUUUUUUUUUCUAAAUGUACCUGCUAAAGAGAGAGGAAAAAAAAUACAUUCUAUUGGCUGUAAGGGUUUAACAUAAUCUAACAGAUUCUUUUCUCAUUAUUAAAGGAGCUGGUAUUUCAACUUAGCAACUUAUUUGAUUUUUUUAUCAUUAUUUUGUAUUUAAUUUAUUUUUUAAUAAUUGGACCGGUAACACCACUGCAGGCCGGUGCAACAUACAGCAAAAUGUAAUUUCAUUUACAUUUUAUUAAAAUGAAUUUCCUUGGA